AUCAGAGCAGGAAAGUCAAAUGAUAGACGAACCCAUCUAUGCUCAUCCUGCAAUUAAGCUUAGUGUCCCUGCAGACGUGUCAUGAGAUUUACAAUUACCCCCGGCAACCACGUUAAAGGGUGGAAACAGCAAUUUUGAGCUGCUUCUUCAACGGCAAAUGAACAUUCUCGUGGUCCUCUGUCAACAUACCUAAAUUAAAAUGCGUUAAUCCUUGCCCCAUUUAAAAUAGCUCAAAUCCCUUCCUUUCAGGCUUUCAGGUAUAAAAUCAAGGCAGGGAGUCUCCACCGAUUUACUUUGGUGCGGGGUUGUACGAGAGGGGGAUCUCCUCCGCAAGGUGGGGAGUGACAACUUGCUAAGAAAAGUUAAUUUCGCUUGCUCUUCUCAAUUUCUUGUGCUGCCUACCUAUAUGCCAGUGUGGUUCGGCCGUCGGUGUUGAAAGUGUUCCGAGAAGAAUACGGCUCGAUGAGAGCGGAUUUGGGUGGAAUCUCUGGAAGUGUACGAAGACGCCAAAGUCACUCGGACACAACAGCUUCUUCAAGCACAAAUAUGUUGAACACUUUUCUUACUUUGUUUCUGUUCCUGGGAGGCACGGUGGGACUGAAGACGGUCAAGAAGGAUGUUGUGAUCAUUGGCGCUGGGUCUUCCGGCGUUUACACUGGAAUUCGACUCAUAGAUGAAGGGAAAGACGUCGCAAUCAUCGAAAGUUCAAACUCCAUUGGGAGCCAUGCCAAUACAUACUACGAUCCAGUUACGGGAAACCCGAUCAAUGUUGGAGUUCAAUCUUUCCAUAAUACUACCGUUGUCCGGGACUAUUUUGCAAGACUCAACGUCACCGCCACCUCAUACACUUACCCUCAGUGGCCAACCGUGAACGUGGAUUUUAGCACGGGAAAACCUGCGAUAAACUAUACAUCCCCAAGCUUUCCAGACAUCGUCGCAGGUUUCCAGGCCUUUAGGGAUGUUGUUGCAGCAAACUACGCCUACUUAGAUCACGGAUUCCACUUACCAGAUCCAAUUCCGGAGGAGCUUUUCCUGCCAUUUUCCGAAUUUGCCAAAAAACAUGGAUUCGAGGUUAUUCUCCCAAGCAUAGCGGUUUUCAUUCAGCCAAUCGAGUUAUGGAACGAACCUACCCUCUACGUUAUCAAGAACUACGGUCUUCAAUCUAUUGAAACAUACCUCGGAAGUCUCGCCGGGGCCGGAGUCUUCAAACCGGAUGAUGUGAAUGAGAUCUACACCAGUGCGGCGGAGAUCCUCGGAAGCAGAGUGAUCUUAAACUCCUCCGUUCAAAAGCUGAAGCGUUCAUCCACUGGUGUGACUCUCCAGGUGAAAACGCCUCAGGGUGUCAUCUGUAUUGAGGCCAGCAAGGUCGUUAUGGCUGCGCCCCCUUUCCUCCGCAAUUUCGCAGGCUGGGAUCUAUCAUCGCACGAUAGAAACCUUUUCAGCAAGUUCAUUGCCAAGAAUAGCCACAUCGCCAUCACCCACAACCCAACAUGGAAUAACACUUCUUACAAUGGGGUCGGACCUCAAUCCACUUUCGGUACUCCUAGACUCCCCGGGACCGUCUCAAUGAUCCCAACUGGCUUCACUGAUUCUUCCUACUACUCCUAUGUUGUGUUUCUGGAGAACACUCCUGUCGAGACUGCACAGGCAUUGUUCAAGAAGCAGGUGAAGACCUUGAUAGCAAAUGGAGUGGCACCAGCGAGCGACAACACAAUCGUGGAGUGGUUCAAUCACAACUACUACAUGAACCAUGUACCAACGGCUGAUAUCAGGGCUGGGUUUUAUACCAAGUUGAACAAUUUGCAAGGGAAGUCCAACACUUUCUAUGUCGGUGCUGCCUGGGCUGGGCAAGAUUCUUCUAUGAUCUGGGGAGUUGUUGACGAGUUACUACCGAAACUCUUGGAGUAAGUCUUGUCGGUGAGCAACCUCGUAGCAUGAUCUGUUGGGUCACUACAGGCAUCUGCCAAUCCAGCUCAAGGAUUUUGUAACAUAACAUUCUUUGUACAUAUUUAUAUUAGAUAGCCAAGGUCAACAAGUACCUUGUGAAUGGAAAUUUGCCAGUGCUUUAAGCAGCAUAGA